GCCGCAUUCAUCACCAUGGCACAACCUCAAUUCGUCCUAGUAACGAUUCCUAUACAAGGCCAUAUAAACCCUGCCCUCCAAUUCGCCAAGCGUCUCAUACGUACCGGCGUGCGUGUCACAUUCGUCACCACCAUCUCAGCCAUCCGCCGCAUGACGAAAGUCCCCGCCGCUCAAGGCCUUUCAUUUUCACCCUUUUCCGAUGGCUACGACUACGGGGUUAAGCCCGGCGACGACCCUGUCAUUUACUUAACUGAAUUCAGACGUCGAAGCAAAGAAGCUCUCUCAGACCUCAUCAUAACUAAUGAAAACGAAGCCAAACCCGUCACCUGCAUCAUUUACACCUUGCUCCAACCUUGGGCGGCGGAGGUGGCGCGUGAAUAUCACAUCCCAUCGGCUCUCCUUUGGAUUCAACCCGCCACAGUCUUCGACCUCUACUAUUUUUACUUCAACGGAUACGAAUCCGCCAUUAAAGACCAAGCCGAUGAGUCCAACCCCGAGUGUCAGAUAAAACUACCAGGCCUGCCGCCACUCGCCGCCCGCGACCUUCCCUCGUUUUUCGCCUCUUCAAAUGUUUACCAGUGGGGACUCUCGACGUUCCAAGAGCAAAUGGAAGUUCUAGCUGAAGAACCCAACGCUAAAAUCCUCAUCAACACCUUCGAUUCUUUGGAACCCGAAGCAUUCAAAGCCAUCGACAAGUUCAAAAUGACAGCAGUCGGUCCCUUGAUCCCAUCUUCUUUUCUUAAAGAUCAAUUGGACAGUUCCUUAAGAAUUGAUCUUUUUCAAUGCGAUUCAAACGAGUAUCUCCGAUGGCUAGACUCGAAACCGAAAUCGAGUGUUGUUUACGUAUCGUUCGGAAGCAUGUCCGUGUUGGCCAAGGAACAAAUGGAGGAAAUCGCCCGAGCUUUGACAGCUAGCGGGCGGCCAUUCUUGUGGGUGGUGAGAAAUCGGAAAGAUAGAGGAGAAGAAGAGAUGGAAGAGGAUAAACUGAGUUUCAGGGAAGAGUUAGAGAAGCUUGGGAUGAUAGUCCCAUGGUGUUCACAAGUGAAAGUGCUGUCUCACCCGUCGUUGGGUUGCUUCGUGUCGCAUUGCGGGUGGAACUCGACGUUGGAGAGCUUGGUCGCCGGCGUGCCGGUGGUGGCGUUUCCUCAGUGGAACGAUCAAGGGACCAAUGCGAAGCUGAUCGAAGAUGUGUGGAAGUGUGGGGUGAGAGUGAGUGCUAAUGAAGAAGGGAUAGUGGAACGUGGCGAGAUCGUUAGGUGCUUGGAUUUGACGAUGGGCGAUGGAGAAAAAGGGAAGGAAGUGAGAAGGAAUGUUGUAAAAUGGAGAGACUUGGCGAGGGAGGCCGCCGUGGACGGUGGUUCCUUGGACAUGAACCUUAAGGCUUUCGUUGAUGAAGUUGCUCAAGGUUGCAAGUAAAAUUUAACUUGUAUUUCUAUUAUUAAAUUUGUGGUUUA